UGGAAAUAUGUAAAUGCUUCAUGCUUGUUGUUUAAGAAAUGAGAAGCUACACACUGCAUCAGUUAGGGUUAAAAUAAUUGUUGCCAGCUGAAACAUAUUAAUCACUGCAAUAAUGAUUUAAUCAUAGGCUCUUAAGUAUCUGCUUAUUUAAAUCCAAAUGGCGACCUUUUUUUGACCAGGCAGUGUAUUCGUAUGCACAAUAUUAUGUUCAUUAGUGUAUUAUUAACUUCUUUAUAAAUGAAAAAGAGGACAAAGUAUUGGCUAUAAUUCACAGUUAACAACAUCAAGACCACAUCCAAUAGUACAAACUUACCGUCCUCCCUUACCACCCUGAGGAGGGAGUUAAGUUUCCUGUGUGUGAAUUUGGAAGUCAAUACAGUCGGCUGUGUCGAGCUCUUUAAAUAUCAUGAGUGGAAAGAUUACUGAAGACGUAACGCAAGUAAUCUUUUGAAGCUUCAUUUCUGUUUAAAGUUUGGUGUUUUUAUAGUCUAUUAAUUGUUUCUUGUCGAAAAGCUCGCAGGAUACAGAGCGGACGGGUAGGUUUCCUGAAUACGCGCGGGCUUAUUCAACUGUCUUCAACGUCCGAAUCCUGGCCGUUGCUGUAGCGGAGACGCGCGCCUUGUGUUCAAAUUCACACACAGGCGGGAAGAGCGAGACCGAUCGCAGAGCGUGGGCUGUUGUGGCGGGAAUCAUGCUGUCUUUGAUGUUCGCCUGUCGCGUGCUGCUCAUUGUUUUGAUGUCAGAUUCAGUCCAGACGGCGAACAAAUCUCAGUUGCUGGUCUCUGACAACCUGUGGCCUCAGGCGUGUGCGCUGGACUGCACUAGAGGGCGUCAUCGAGCAGUAUGUGGCAGCAACGGCCAAAUGUAUAAGUCUCUGUGUGCCUUCCAACGUGCCCAGUGCAUCAACAACCAGCUGACGACAGCCGCACGGUCAGUCUGCACAGAUGCGUUGAGUUCAAAAUGUCAGCUGGCUCGCUCUCAAGCUCUGCGGGCUAGUGCUCGCUCGGAUUCCUUCGCCAUCUUUAUCCCAGAAUGUAAAGCCGAUGGAACCUAUGCAGAGGUGCAGUGUCACAAUCAGACAGGUUACUGCUGGUGCUCCACCCCUGAUGGGAUACCUGUCAGCAGAAGCUCUGUCCUACACCUGCAACCAAACUGCACCGGUCAGAUAUCCGAUAAUGCUCAGGAAACUGAUGUGGAAUCAGCACAAGCAAAGCGAGGCAUUCAUUGGCGAUCUUCUCCUGACCCCGAACAGCGCCCUUUGCAGACUCCUACAGGAGUCACUGCACCUCCGUUUUGGGUGACCAUCCAGUUGAACUCUGACCCAAAGGGCAACCGCUCCCUCAGACGACCCAAAGAUACUCUAAAGACCUGUAACCACGAGAGAACAACUGUGCUGGCUGAAAUGGCCCUCCAGUGGUCAGAAGAGCGUUUUAUCCCAGAGUGCAGUGCAGAUGGGCGGUACAAAACGGUUCAGUGUCACAGUAGCACAGGAUACUGCUGGUGUGUCAGAGUGGACUCAGGAAGGCCCAUCCCUGGCACCUCUACAAGGGUGUAUUUGCAUGAGACAGUGAAGGAAGGCUGUAAACGACUCCUCUACCAGAUUAAUGUUUUGAUUUGGCUAAUUACUCUUGUGUGUUACAGGAACCAAAUGCCUGACUGCAGCCGUCAGGAAACUCACACAGUCAUCGUCAACAACAGCUACACACAAACAUCUCUCUCAGGUUGUCCCAGUGUACAAAAGACAGACUUUCUGCAGAAUUUGAUUCAAGAAUUUCAACAGGACGUUGAAAAGGGCGGUCUGUCUCCUACUCACAGGACAACUGAGGACCGUCCUCCUGUCUCCACCUCUUCUCCAUCUCCCUCUCUCCAUCUCUCAUUUCCUGUUAGAGCUCUCCAGUGGUACUUUGCACGGCUUGACAGAGAUGCUAAUGGGAUUCUUAACGAGCACGAAACACGACCGUUACGAAUCCUGCUCCGCAAAACGUUACAUCCUCGCCGCUGUGCCAAGAAAUUCAUGCAGUUCUGCGACAAAAACGCAGACCGUGGCCUAAGUGCUCUAGAACUUAGCUCCUGUAUCACCAUCUGAGGACAAACCAUAAAUAUUGUGCAUGUUUAGUUAUCUUUGGAAAUUGUUGCAGUCCAGUUUGACCUUCAUCUCUCCAAUGGCCUCUGAGUCUCAGACUGUAGCAUUCGAUCCAUUCACUCUUUUUUUUUUUUUGUCUUGUUCAGUCUUGCCAGCGUUGUGACCUUUUCACUUAUGCAUGUCCAAACAAAGGACUUGUUAUUGGUUUUGUAAAAAUAACUGCAGGUAAGCCUUUCAGACUGCUUGAGCAGUCAAAUUUGUGUGUGUGUUUUUCAGUGUCUGAGAGCAAGAAUGUUUCAUACUGAGUUUGGGCAUGUGUAAACACCAUGGUAUAUGAACAUGGUGAUCAUUCGGUAAUAUGGUAUACAGUCCAAAAAUCUGAGACUACAUUGAAAUGCUGGAUUUUUUUUCAUUAAAACUUAGAAAUAAACAAAGUCUAGGAUUUUGAAACAUUUAAGAUUAACCAUAUGAUGUAAAACUAAGAAAUGUUCUCGAUUUUGCAUUAUUUAUUGGGCACUAAUCAAAUAAGAAAAUUUGUGACAUUUAUCAUACUAACUCCUUUGUACAAAUUGUCAGAUUUCCUUGCUUCCAUUGAAGCAAACAAGACGUAUUUGGCACAUUCUCUCAUUCUCUCAAAUCAUGCUGAAUAACAUGAUUGUCAGGUUUUGUUCAUGCCAGCUUGAGUGCAGGCUGUCUUUAAAGAAAAAGGCAGAAUACCUAAUAAUAAGACAUUCUGAAAUUCAUGUUCAUUUUCCAAUGGCAUGAUUAUCCAAUCAGUUUCAUUUGUCAUCAGCAUAUUUUUAAAAAUAAUCAUACCUCAAGUCAAAUUGAACUACAUCUUGUAAUUUCAUGAUGCAUAGCAUCGUUUUCUGAUCCUGAUCUUGAUUUGCACCCCUAUUAUGUUGGGUAUGUUUGUGAUACUUUUGGACGAGAAUCAUGCUUCCAGUGAUGCCAAAGAACACCUCUAGGUGUCAGUGUAACUCCAGUCCAAAUCUGCUCAACAUUGUAUUGAGCAGCUGAUGGUCUCUGACUAUUGCAACUUACUGCAUGUACAUUAUACAACCUGGGUUAAUCCCAGGUUACUGGAAUCUCAACUGCGCUUGAUCUUCAGAUGAAGACUGAUCCUAUGAUUUGUGUACUGUAAGUCGCUUUGGUUACAAAAAGCAUC